UUUCUUUGUAUUCACUUUUACCAGAAAAACUAAACACAACCAUCACAAACAUGCCUGAAGGAACUUUUGGAAUUUGGAAUUUUCAACCAAAAUCUGGUCCAACGUGAACUCAGGGACCCGAACCUCACAAACACACAGUGUGACAGACACACACAGACACACACACACACACACACACACACACAGACACACACAGACACACACAGCAUCACACGGUGUAAUUAUCGUGACAUUCAUUCUGGUUCACAGCUGAUUAGUGUUAAAUAGACCAACAUGGCCUCCAGAAACCACAGUCAGUUUACUGUCGCCUUCCUGCUCCCUCCAGCUUCACUUCUUCUACUUUAUUUUGCAGUUUUUUAAAUUCUCUUUCUGUUAUAUCUUGGUUUCCUCUUUUAGUUUGACUUUCUUUUGUCUCUACUGUUUAUUAAUUUCCAUUUUCACCUCCACCUUAGUCCUGUUUUAUUAUGUCUUGGGACUUUUUUUUUUUUCUGUCUUCUCUUGUAUCUCCUCUUGUUUAAGGUGGUUAUUUGUGUUGUUUCAUUGGUUUUUUUGUGUCUCUUCAUAGUCAUUUUGUGUCUUUUUUUAUUGCUUUUAAGGUCUUUUGUGGUGGUUUGGGGUAUGUUUUAGUUUCUUGAGGGAGCCUUGACAGGGUUUUUGUUUUGUUUUUUUGUGCUUCUUUGUUGUUUUUUUUUGUCUCUAUUGGAGUUUUUGUGUCUUUCGUAUUGGUUUUAUGUGUUUUUGUCGUUUUUUUGUGGUUGUGUUGUGUCUCUUUAUGGUGAUUUUGAGGAUCUUUGUGGUUGUUUUGUGUCUUAUUGUGUUGGCUUGUGUCUUUCUUUGGUCAUUUUUUGUCUUUUUAUUGUUUUUAAGGCCUUUUUUGUUGGUUUUGUGUCUGUUUUUAUUUCUUUAAGGAGUCUUUUCAGGGUUGUUUUCUGUCUUUGUGUUGUGAAUUUUUUCUAUCUAUUGGAUUUUUUCUGUCUUUCGUGUUGGUUUUAUGUGUUUUUGACUUUUCUGUGGUUGUUGUGAGUCUCUUUGUGGUCAUUUUGUGGCUCUUAGUUGGUUUUGUGUCUUUGAGUGUCUUUUUUUCUUUUUUGUGACUUUAGUGUAUCUUUAUCUUGGUUUUACGUGUUUUCGUUGUUUUUUUGUGAUUUUGUGUGUCUGGUAAUUUGGAGGAUGUUUGUGGUUGUUUUAUGUCUUUUCCUGGUAAUUUUGUGUCUCAGUGUGUCUUUUUGUUGCCUCUUUGUGACAUUUGUAUAUUUUUGUGGCAACUUCGUGUUUUUCGUUGUUGUUUGCACGUUUUAGUGGUUGUUUUGUGUGUUUUUGUUGUUUUUCUGUGUCUCUGUGGUUGUUUUGUUCCUCUUUGUCUUUGUUUUAUGUCGCUUUGUGGUGGUUUGUGUCUGUCUUUGGUGAUUUUGUGUGUUUGUAUGAGGCUUUUGUUUGUUUUUGUUGUCUUUUUGUGGUCAUUUUGAGCCUCUUUGUGGUUGUUUUGCUUAUUUUUGUGUUUUUUUGUGACUAUAGGUGUUUUUAAAUCUUUUUUGUGGUGGUUUUUGUCAUUUUCAAUCUCUGUGUUUCCUCUUGUUUUCUUCUUUCUACGUCUUCUAUUCCCUUGUUUUCUGUCUUCCACUUGUGUCCAGUUUUCUUCAUUCUUCUGACUGGUUUUACUGUCUGUCUUCAUCUAUCUCUUCUCUUUGUUUCACCGUUUAUCUUCUUCCUUCUGUUUCUUUCUUCUCUUCCCUUUCAUCCUCCUCUUUUCUCCAUUCUUUCACCUCAUCUUUUUGCUGUUUCAUCUUCUUUUCAGUCCUCUUUGUGACAACAUUUUGCUCUGUCAUCUCUUCUUUAGCGUCUUUCCCUCACAUAAACAACACAAACUUCUCCCUGAAACUUUCUCUCUGCUUGUUGACCACCUUCCUAAACAGUCCUCCUCUCUCUCUCUUGGCGAGGCGUUGCUGUGGUGUCGAUGCUCGCUCGGCCGGUCGAGGUCCAGAAACCACAAUGCAACCAACAUCUAGGUCACAAACACACACAUUUUCCUGCCUUUGUGAGGACUCUGAAGGAUUUAACGUGUCCUCGGACCCCCUGAACUGGAGUCUGAACCCUAAAACUGAGUCUGAACCCUCAAACGGGCCUUCAGGGGACAGAUUCAAACCGAACACCGAACAAAAUGUCCCGAAUCCCAGCGUCUGAAAGUGAAACUGGUCCUCAGUGGGACACACACAGCAUACCACAGCUAUACCAGCCCGGCGUUCCAGAAACUUCCACUGGAGUUCAUCAGCCGCCGCCGGGAGUCUGUUAACUACCAAACAUCUGCAGCGAGCAACAGGUUUCUGCUUCCUGUGACAUCAUCACAUCAUGCCUGAGGGGUCGCGGCGCGGCAGCCAGAGAUCGCCAAGUAACGCAGCUGCCAAGCGUCCGUCCUCCGUCUCGUCUCUCAGUGGGAUCGUGGGAAGGAUGAUGUCGUCCGGUGACCGAGGAGCGUCGUCUUCCUCCUGCACCUCCGUCAACACCGUCUGUUCUGAUGGAGAGCGUCCGGCCUCCUUGUCUCUGUCGUCUUCGGCCUCCUCGGUGUCUCUGCAGGACGCCUCCCACUCCUCGUCCUCCUCGUCUUCAUCCUCCUCGCUGCCAUACGGUGCCAUGCCAUCCUACAACGCCUCCUCGUCUUCCUCCUCCACGCCCAAACGCAACGGAUCCGACAUCAGCCUGGACCUCACGCCGCUCGUCACGGCGGGAGGAGGAGGAGGGGUUGCCAAGGCGACAGGAGGAGGCCAUGCUCCCAACGGACAUGUGGCCAAUCAGUCGAUGGCGGCGGCGGUGACACCGAAGCAGCUUUCACGGCUGGAACGAGUCGCUCUGGAGAUCGUAGAGACGGAACAAGCCUACGUCCGAGACUUGAAGAGCAUCGUGGAGGACUACCUGGGCUGCAUCAUCGACUGCGGCACCCUGCCUCUGAAGCCAGAGCAGGUCAGCACUUUGUUCUGCAACAUCGAGGACAUCUACGAGUUCAACAGCGAUCUGCUGGAGGAUCUGGAGAGGAGUCCUCACGCCGCCGCCAUCGCCGAGUGUUUCGUAGAACGGAGUGAAGCGUUUGACAUCUACACACUCUACUGCAUGAACUACCCAAAUUCGGUCGCAGUCCUGAGAGAAUGUAUGAAAAACGAGAGUCUGGUUCGGUUCUUCCAGGAGAGACAGACGACCCUGAACCACUCGUUACCUCUGGAGACUUACCUGCUGAAACCGGUGCAGAGGAUCCUCAAGUACCACCUGUUACUGCAGGAACUUUCCAAGCACUUUGAUAAGAGCGAUCCUGGAUACGAGGUGGUGGAGGAUGCCAUCAUCACCAUGACAGCGGUCGCCUGGUACAUCAACGACAUGAAGAGGAAACAGGAGCAUGCCGUCCGGCUGCAGGAGAUCGAGGCCCUGCUGGUGAACUGGACCGGUCCGGACCUGAGCGGCUUCGGGGAGCUUGUUCUGGAGGGUUCCUUCAAGGUCCACCGGGUGAAGAAGGAACGAGCGUUCUUCCUGUUCGACAAGAUGCUGCUGAUCGCCAAGAAGAGGCUGGAACAGUUCGUGUACAGCACGCACAUCUUCUGCUGCAACCUGCUGCUGGUGGAGACUCUGAAGGAUCCGUUGUGUUUCCGAGUUUCUGACCAGACGAUUCCCAAACAGCAGCACAUCGUUCAGACCAAGAACCAGGAGGAGAAGCGACUCUGGGUUCAUUACCUCAAGAGACUCAUCGUGGAAAACCAUCCGGCUUCACUGCCGCAGAAGGCGAGGCAGGUUCUGGGAGACAACUUCUGUCAGACUCCUCAGUUUGAUCAGGAGAACCUGAAGAAGUCGACCGGCUCCCCGAGACUCAACGACAUCCACGGGUUCCACCGAGGGAGACGUCAGUCAGGUCAGGAACCUCCAGAGCUGCUGAUGUUCACGCCUGAGAAGUCCAGGAAGAGUUUACCGCUGCUGCUGGACGGAAACCUGCCGUACCGACGGAGCAGGAGGCAGUCGGCUCCGGCCAAAGACAUCGAAGCAGCGUUCCAUCCCAGCGGUGAGAAUCAGAAUGUUGUUGUUUUAUUUCCUCCAGCAGGGGGAGCCGUCGGUCCUCAGACAGCUUUUACAAACUUUAUUUAUUACCAUCGUUUUAAUCUCAGUGUGUUUGUUUCACAUCGACAGUCUAAAGCUGCUGCUUCCAUUCAUAAAAUAGUAAAUAAAUAAACAGCUUUUCACAGCUUCAGUUCUGCAGCACACGUCUGGAUUUAAUGUUUUUGGACACAUUUUUAAGCACUUUUAAUCAUUUUUGAGUGAAUUUGCACAAAUCUACACCAUUUUUUUUUACCUGUUUUUGUUGUCUUUGGGUCAUUUUU